GCAAACAUAGAAAACUUCAGCUGAACAUGUAUACUUGACUUAACAUGUCAGUCAGGUUUUUUCCACAAUCUCUCUUUUUUUAUCUCUCUCCUACCAUCGACUCUCUUUUACCCCUUUUAGUAACCUAAAGAACAUGAACCCACAAAAAGUUCUCUCACCGCUUAGCCAAGACUAGAAAGAAAGGUGAAGGGAGAAGAGAAAUAAAGUAGGUGAGAAGAAAAAAUGGGGAGAGGGAGAGUUGAGUUGAAGAGAAUAGAAAACAAAAUCAACAGGCAGGUUACAUUUGCUAAGAGAAGAAAUGGGUUGCUCAAAAAAGCCUAUGAGCUCUCUGUUCUCUGUGAUGCUGAGGUUGCUCUCAUCGUUUUUUCUAACCGUGGCAAGCUCUAUGAGUUUUGUAGCAGCUCUAGCAUGAUGAAAACACUUGAAAAAUACCGGAAGUGCAGUUAUAGUACACUGGACACCGCCCAAUCAAUCAGAGAGACACAGGCCAGUUAUCAGGAAUAUUUGAAGCUAAAAGCAAGAGUUGAGGUCCUACAGCGAUCUCAGAGAAACCUUCUUGGUGAGGAAUUGGGUCCAUUGAACACAAAGGAUCUUGAGCAGCUCGAAAAUCAACUGGAGACAUCCUUGAAGCAAAUAAGAUCAACAAAGACUCAAGCCAUGCUUGAUCAGCUUGGUGAUCUUCAAAAAAGGGAACAAAUGCUGGUUGAAGCCAACAAAUCCAUGAGAAGGAAGUUGGAGGAAUUGAGUGCGCAAGUUCCUCUUCAACUAGCAUGGGAAACUGGAGAGCAAAUCAUUCCAAACAAUCACCUCCAAGCUCAAUCAGAGGCAUUUUUCCAGCCUCUAGUGGGCAAUUCCUCCUUGCAAAUUGGAUAUAAUCCUGUUUUUUCAGAUGAAAUGGAUGUUGCAGGACAUAACCAAAAUGUCAGUGGAUACUUUCCAGGAUGGAUGCUCUGAUUAUAAAACCCUCACAUAUAAGAUUGAUAAUUUACUGGGUAGAAAUAUCUUCCAGCUGUUGUUGCUUUUAUUUUUCCUUUUCAAACUAUGA